AUCUUAAAGAACGCAGGAAAUAGAAUUUUUAAUGAGAGCAAUGGAGAAAUAUUUUUGAGGAAAAAUACAAAAAAUAAACUAAAGAAAAUAAAUAUAUACAUAUAACAAAUAAAUUUACGUAAUACGUAAAGAAAAUUUCAAGAAAUUUACAGAAAUUUUAAAAAAAAAUGUGUAAAAAUUAUUAAAAACCGUGAAAAUGUUUAAGAAAAUAUUUGGAUUUUAUUGGCUAGUGCUAAUGAUACACAUAAAAUUAUCGCAGGCAUUUAUCGAUGAGUCAAAAACGGAAGUAAAAGUGGGUGCUCUAUUUUUCCGAGAUGAAGAUGCCGCAGAACUUAGUUUUGAUGAAGCUUUUCGAGAGCUAAACAGCAUGAAAUUGUUUGAGUUAAAAUUUGUAACGAUUAAGCGUUAUGUAUCGUACGAUGAUAGUUUUAUGCUGCAGCAGUUGACUUGCGAAUUAAUUGCCAAUGGCGUUGCUGCCAUAUUUGGACCAAGUUCAAAAGCAUCUUCUGACAUAGUAGCCUUAAUAGCAAAUACCACAGGUUUGCCACACAUGCAAUAUGAUUGGAAUAUUGAAACAGACAUAGAACAGCGUAAACUGAAUCAUCAUAUGACAGUGAAUGUGGCACCACCCUUGACCACAUUAUCACGAGCUUAUUUGGAUAUAAUUAAAACCAGUUUUGGGUGGAAAAAAUUUACAUUAUAUUAUGAAACUAAAAAGGGUCUCACCCGUUUGCAGGAUUUGAUGGACAUACAAACGAUUAAUAGAGAUGCUAUAAAGUUGAGGAAUAUAGCUGACUUUGAGAAUGACAUAAGAGUUUUGUGGAAAGAGGCGGAGGAAACAUUUCAUGAGAAUCGUUUGAUAAUGGAUUGUGAACCGGAAUCUUUGGUAAGAUUGAUGAAGGCAGCCAAAGAUUUUAAGCUAUUGGGUCCAUUUCGAAACUGGUUUUUGACCCAUUUAGAUUCCCAUAGCUCGGGCUUACAAGAUGUUUAUAAUGCUGAUUUCAAAUCAAAUAUAACUUCGGUUAGAUUGAAGUUGGUGGAACCUAAUCCCUAUGAGAGACGCAAGACUCGUAUAAGUUUAAUUGAUGAAAUUUUAGCUAACCAAACUUUGAUACCCAUAUUAAUGUACGAUGCUGUGAUUUUGUAUGCCAAUGCAGCUCGUAAUAUUAUUUCGAAUUUGAAAGAGUAUCAUGAACCCUAUAAACGUUGUGGUUUUAGCAGAGCAGAUCGAUGGUAUAUUGGCAGUCUGAUUGUGCAGGAAAUGAAGGAGAUAUCCGAAGAUGACGUUGAACCUCCUUUCAAAACCGAGAGCAUGAAAAUCGAUCAAUAUGGUCAGAGAUCAGAAUUCAAUCUGGAAAUCUAUAAACCCACUGUAAAUGAACCCAUUGCUUUAUGGAAAUCAACGGAUGGUUCAAUCACACCCAUUAAAAGGCGACAAGAGUUUCAAAGCUCUUCUACCUCAACAACACAAGAUUUUUCCCAGGAACGUAAGACCUACACAGUGGUGUCUCACUAUGAAGAGCCUUACUUCAUGCUGAAGAAAGAUUAUGAAAAUUUCCGAGGUUCGGAAAGAUUUGAAGGCUAUGCAGUGGACUUGAUAAGAAAACUAUCGGAAAUAAUGGAAUUUGAAUAUGAGUUCGUAUUGGUGAACAGUAAUGGCAAGUUUAAUCCGCAAACCAAACAAUGGGAUGGCAUUAUGAGGAAGCUAAUAGAUCAUCAAGCUCAAAUAGGUAUUUGCGAUUUGACCAUAACCCAGCUACGUAGAAAAUAUGUGGACUUUACGGUACCCUUUAUGCAGCUGGGUAUAAGUAUUUUGUUUUACAAGGCCGAUCCUCAGCCCAAGGAUAUGUUUGCCUUUUUGCAGCCCUUCGCCAAGGAAGUGUGGUAUUUUAUGAUUUUAACCCAGCUGGUUAUAACAUUGCUGUUUGUAUUUAUGGCCAGAAUUUCCAGCCAUGAAUGGGAAAGUACUCAACCCACCAAUCCAGAUCCUACUGAGUUGGAAAAUGCUUGGCGUACCCGCAAUACAGCCUGGCUAAUGAUUGGCUCCAUUAUGCAGCAGGGUUGUGAUAUAUUGCCCAAAGGAGCUCCUAUGCGCAUUUUAAGCGCCAUGUGGUGGUUUUUCGCCCUUAUGAUGCUAAGUACUUACACGGCCAAUUUGGCUGCCUUCUUGACCAGCAACAGAAACAAGCCCAGCAUUAAUUCACUACAAGAUCUCAUCGAUCAGGAUACAAUAAAAUUUGGCACCUUUGAAGGUGGCAGCACUUCACUAUUCUUUUCCGAAUCUAAUGAUACAGACUAUCAUAAAGCCUGGAAUCAAAUGAAAUCCUUUGAACCCUCUGCCUUUACCUCUUCCAACAAGGAGGGUGUAGAAAGAGUGCGCAAAGGUCAGGGCAACUAUGCCUUUCUAAUGGAAACCACUGGUUUGCUGUAUAAUAUCGAAAGAGAUUGUUAUCUCCAGCAGAUAGGUGGUCAAAUUGGUGAAAAACAUUAUGGCUUGGCUGUGCCCUUGGGAGCGGAUUAUCGCACUAAUCUCAGUGUUUCCAUAUUGCAAUUGAGUGAAAAGGGGGAGCUGUAUAAAUUGAAAAAUAAAUGGUGGAAGAACACUAGUAAAACUUGUGAUAAUCUGGAGGACGAUAUAUUGGAUGGUGAUGAAUUGUCCUUAAUAGAAUUGGGCGGUGUGUUUCUGGUAUUGGCUGGUGGCAUAGUGGUGGCAAUUGUUAUAGGUAUCUGUGAGUUUUUGUGGAAUGUGCAAAGAGUGGCGGUGGAGGAAAUGGUUACCCCUGGUGAAGCCUUCAAAGCUGAACUUAUAUUUGUGUUAAAGUUUUGGAUUACUAAAAAACCCAAUCGGAUUUCCAGCAUAACUACAACUACCUCUAGCAGCUCCCACUCUUCACGCUCAAAUUCUCGACGUUCUUCAUCUCAGUCAAAGCAAUCUAAGCACUCGAAACAUUCUAAUAAAUCGAGACGUUCCAAACGAUCAAAACGUUCGCGAUCACGCAGCAAGAGCAGGAGUAAACAUCGUUCAAGUUCAUCUUGAAUCGUUAU